ACGCUAGCGCCAGGGGGCGGGGUGGGGGAGGGGGGCUAGUCCUCUGAGAGCUGGGUUGGGCUCGCGGUGCCACGAUUGGUCGCUCCCGACUCCGCCUUCACCGCAUCUCAUUAGCAUCUCAUUAGCUGUCCGCUCGGGCUCGGGAGGCAGCCACCGCUGCCAGUCUGAGGCAGGUGCCCGACAUGGCGAGUCCUGUGCUGCCGAGCGGAUCCCAGUGUGCGGCGGCAGCGGCUGUGGCGGCGGCGGCGGCGCCUCCAGGGCUCCGGCUCCGGCUCCUGCUGUUGCUCCUCUCGGCCGCGGCACUGAUCCCCACAGGUGAUGGGCAGAAUCUGUUUACUAAGGACGUGACGGUGAUUGAAGGAGAAGUUGCAACCAUCAGCUGUCAAGUCAAUAAGAGUGAUGACUCCGUGAUUCAGCUACUGAACCCCAACAGGCAGACCAUUUACUUCAGGGACUUCAGGCCUUUGAAGGACAGCAGGUUUCAGCUGCUGAAUUUUUCUAGCAGUGAACUCAAAGUGUCACUGACAAAUGUCUCAAUUUCGGAUGAAGGGAGGUACUUCUGCCAGCUCUACACGGACCCUCCGCAGGAGAGUUAUACCACCAUCACAGUCCUGGUCCCUCCACGUAACUUGAUGAUCGAUAUCCAGAAAGACACGGCAGUUGAAGGGGAGGAGAUUGAAGUCAACUGCACGGCCAUGGCCAGCAAGCCGGCUACGACCAUCAGGUGGUUCAAAGGGAACAAGGAACUCAAAGGCAAAUCAGAGGUGGAAGAGUGGUCGGACAUGUACACUGUGACCAGUCAGCUGAUGCUGAAGGUGCACAAGGAGGAUGAUGGAGUCCCAGUGAUCUGCCAGGUGGAGCACCCUGCGGUCACUGGAAACCUGCAGACCCAGCGGUAUCUAGAAGUGCAGUAUAAACCGCAAGUGCAGAUCCAGAUGACUUAUCCUCUGCAAGGCCUAACCCGGGAAGGGGAUGCAUUCGAGUUAACGUGUGAAGCCACCGGGAAGCCCCAGCCUGUGAUGGUAACUUGGGUGAGAGUCGAUGACGAAAUGCCUCAACAUGCCGUUCUGUCUGGGCCGAAUCUGUUCAUCAAUAACCUAAACAAAACAGACAAUGGUACUUACCGCUGUGAGGCUUCCAACACAGUGGGGAAAGCUCAUUCGGACUAUAUGCUGUAUGUAUACGAUCCCCCCACAACUAUCCCUCCUCCCACAACAACCACCACCACCACUACCACCACCACCACCACCACCACCAUCCUUACCAUCAUCACAGACACCACGGCGACGACAGAACCAGCAGUUCACGAUUCUCGAGCAGGUGAAGAGGGCGCCAUUGGGGCAGUGGACCACGCGGUGAUUGGCGGCGUCGUAGCCGUGGUGGUGUUUGCCAUGCUAUGUUUGCUCAUCAUUCUGGGCCGCUAUUUUGCCAGACAUAAAGGUACAUACUUCACUCAUGAAGCCAAAGGAGCCGAUGACGCAGCAGACGCAGACACAGCUAUAAUCAAUGCAGAAGGAGGACAGAACAACUCCGAAGAAAAGAAAGAGUACUUCAUCUAGAUCAGCCUUUUUGUUCCAAUGAGGUGUCCAACGGGCCUGCUUAGAUGAUAAAGAGACAGUGAUACUGGAACUUUGGAGAAGCUCGUGUGGUUUUUUUUUUAUGAGUGGGUGGAAAGAUGCGAGACUGGGAAGGCUUGGGAUUUGCAAUGUAAAAACAAAGACAAAAAAUGUUCUUUGAAAGUACGCUCUGCUGUUUGACACCUCUUUUUAAUCUGGUUUUAAUUUGGUUUGGGUUUUGGUGUUUUCGUUUCUAUUUCCUCCUACCAAGUCAAACUUGGGUACUUGGAUUUGGUUUCGGUAGAUUGCAGAAAAUUCUGUGCCUUGUUUUUCAUUCGUUUGUUGUGUUUCUUUCCCCUUGCCCUUUUUGUGCAUUUAUUUUUCCCAAAAUCAAAUUUGUUUUUCCCCCCCUCCCAAACCUCCCAUUUUUUGGAAUUGACCUGCUGGGAUUCCUAAGAUUCCCCCCCCCACCCCAUUUCUGAUUUCUUUGUUUGUGUUGACGGUGACUGCUUUCUGUUCCAAAUUCAGUUUCAUAAAAGGAAAACCAGCACAGUUUAGAUUUCAUAGUUCAGAAUUUAGUGUCUCCAUGAUGCAUCCUUCUCUGUUGUCGUAAAGAUUUGGGUGAACUAAAAAAAAAAAAGAAAAAAAGAAAAAAAAAAGAAAACAAUGAAAACUCUUUGCUGCUGCCCAUGUCUUAAAUACUUAGAGCAGCGAAGACUAGAAACGUAGACUGUGACCCAGAAGCUGUCGUCUGCUGUGGAUCUUCAUUACUGUACAGGGUUAUCUGCAAGUGAGGUGUGUCGCAAUGAGAUUGAAUUUGUCGUUAAUUCUUUAUCUGUAGGCGGCUCAGUAUAGAUUACCCCACGCUGUGCAGAACGGGGGGGGGGGGGUUGUUUUUUUUGUUUUUUUUUUUUUUUUUUUUGGAGUGGAAAGGUCUCCUCCUUCCUCGUUGCCCUAAACAGAUCCGACAGGUGAGGUCUGUCCGUUUUAUGUAAGUGGACAAAUUUGAGAUGCCACAGGAGGGGAGGCAGGGAGGGGGAACGACAGUUCUGCUCUGGUUAUUUCUACUCUGGACAAUUUCAUCCACCUUUCCCAAUUGGCCUUACUGCUCGCUGACGUGCAGGAGAGAGCAAGUCCAUGUGUUGUGUGAGUGACUGAAGGGGACAGAAUUUGUUUAGGUUUUUUUCCCCACUUUUGUUUUUGCUUUGGGUUUUUUUCCCCUUUGUGCUUAUUAAGGAAGGCAGUGGGAUGUGUCCUGUAUGUACUGUAUAUUACAGACACCGUCCUGCUGGGAUUUCCACCUCCAGUCCCUGGCUCUGCUCUCAUUCCUUCAGAUUUGGCUUGACAAAGGCAGGAGGUACAAAAGAAGGGCCGGCAUUGUUCUCGAAAGGUCAGAGCCAAGGUGGAGAAGCAGCAUGUAGAGAUUUUCAGUUACUUAAUCAAAACUCAAAAUGUGAGUGUUUCUAUCUUUCCUGCACUAGCCCUGGCCUCUUUCCUCAGCCUUAAGAACCAUCUGCCAAGAACUCCUCAUCUCGCAUGAUGGCAGCCAUAGUGCAUAGCAACUAAAAUAAGUUUCCGUGAACAUAUCUUACACCGGAGCCUGGGGGAAGGUAGAGGAGUGGAGGAACCAUUUGCAUUCUCUGAAGCUAGGUAGGGGUUUGCAGAAGUGCUGAGGACAUCUAGAAGUAGUUCUGAAGGACAAAGCCUAAACUAUUACCACAUGUGUUGGUAAGCUCCAGACUCCAAAACUGUCCCUCUGGGAAGACGGCACCAGAAAAGAUAGAGCUAUCUAUAUAUAAAUAUAUAAAUAUAUAUUAUAUAACAUUUUCAGUCAGUACUUUUGGAUUUUGCAAGGUGCAUUUUUACUCUUGUUACAUUAUGUGGAAAACUUAUGCUGAUUUAUUUAAGGGGAAAAAAGUGUCGACUCUGUUAUUUGAAAGGAUAUUUCUUUUUCUUGUCUUCAUUUUAACUUCUGAUAGAACCACUGCAAUAUGAGGGCCUUUUGGGAACGGACUGGUGUGUAAAAGAAAAUUCAUCAUCGAGCAGUGUUUUGUUAACCCCUCUCCUGCCCCUAGGCACUUAACCAAGAAAAAAGCCACAAGGAACAUCCCUUUUUCAAGAAUUUUAUAAUGUGCAUCUAUUCCGAGCCCUUAGCACCCAUCCUGACCAUAGUGUGACCAUAUCAAAGGGUGACAACCAGUUAGCAUGUCGUUGAAAGGGUUUUUCAGCUGUUCUUUUUAGAAAAAAAAUAUAAAAAAUAUUAAAAAAAACUAAAAAUAAGCAAACACAAAAAAACUCCCAUUGUUCACAGAAUUGGCAUCUCAUUUUCGGGACAGCCCAUCUUUCUGUUUUGACAAGUGUACAGUAGUGCGGUGUUCUGAUGUAACUUUAUGGCUUAAGAUGUUGACAUGUCUCAGGUUCCUGUGUUUCGAUUGGUGUUUUUCCGUCUCAGGUAGAUUGCAAAGUGUAGGCCCCACACAUUGGAAAAAUAAUAAUAAUAAUAAUAAAUAAUAAUAAUAAUAAUUAAACAAAGCAAAAACAGGAAAUUACGGAUUUUAGUUGUAUAUUGGUUUAUGUAUUUUUCUUAAGUAUACAGUGCACUGUUUGAAAUGUAUUGUUGAGUAUUACUUUGUACAGGUUGAUCACUUUUUUUAGAGUGAAGAAAGAACAAACUUGGUUUUUUUGUGUUUUUUUAAAGGAGUAUAAAAUAAUGAAGGAUGUAUAAUUGAUGCCAAAUAAGCUUGUUCUUUAGUCACGAUGACGUCUUGUUUUCCCUCUAGGCCAGUUCUGUUUCUAAGGUGUACAAGGACCAUGUUACAGUGUAAGAAACUCCACAUCCGUGUGUUCCAUUCGCAUUUUGUAUCGGUUCAUGUAUACCAUUUUUACAAAAAGAAAAAAGAAAAAAAAAAGAAGUACUAUAAAAUAUCUGUCUUCUUAAUAAAAAAGAUUAAUGUUACAAGUGA